GUGUUGAGUCACAAUCCCCCAGUCUUAGUGUACUUGCUCAGGGGCUCGCUGUUCUUCUGGAUAUGUACAAGGCUAAUCCCGAGAAUGUUGCGGAAGUGGAACUGCGCCCUAUGGCUUGUCACCCGGGAGGUCCCGACACCGCCAAACAACGACAUCCAGCUGACCACCACAAUCGAUGCCCGGUUGCCACUUUGAGGAUUCAAAAUGAAAUUUUGUCCUGGUUGAAGAUCUGGAGCUUUCCGGGUUCCUUUCGCUAGCGCCCGCUAUUUGCUUGUUCCUGGAUUGUCUUGAUGUUAAAAAAUGGAGAUUGCUUGGGCAGUGUCGGAACUCUAUUGCUCCUUUGAGACCAGGGACGGACAAACUCGGUGUUUUCAGUCAGCUCUCGUAUUCCAAAUUUUUCCCUGAAAGGAGUUGCAACUGGGGGCAGGAAAGGACGAUAUAAACGUCCCGUGUCUAGUGCUGUCCGACACAUAUGGACCAUCAUCACAAACCUCAAGCGAGUUCCAUUACAACUUCACAUCACUCCCUAAACUCUCGAUGAACACCCCCAAAGUAAACAUACUCCACGCUCCAGGACAAGCGGCCCAACUAAGCCGUGCCCUGAUAUCAACCUGCCAUACUCGGCCUCUCCUGCUCGCGGGCUCUCGAGUGGCCACUUCCUUACAUCCAACACAGACGAACCUCUCUUCCCCAUCACCUCGCAAUCUCUCGACAACAAGCGUUACUCGACUGAAGGAUUUCUUCCCGGCCAAAGAGACCGCCUAUAUCCGGCAGACACCACCCGCGUGGCCUCAUCAUGGAUGGACAGAGGAAGAGAUGACCUCGGUUGUUCCCGAGCACCGGAAACCCGAGACUGUGGGCGAUUGGCUCGCAUGGAAACUCGUACGAAUCUGUCGAUGGGCCACUGAUAUAGCGACGGGCAUACGUCCAGAGCAGCAAGUUGAUAAACACCACCCGACGACCGCCACCAGCGCGGACAAACCUCUGACCGAAGCCCAAUGGCUCGUCCGCUUCAUCUUCCUCGAAUCCAUCGCCGGCGUUCCCGGCAUGGUAGCCGGCAUGCUCCGCCACCUGCACUCCCUCCGCCGGCUCAAACGAGACAACGGCUGGAUCGAGACUUUACUUGAAGAAUCGUACAACGAGCGCAUGCACCUCCUCACCUUUAUGAAGAUGUGCGAACCCGGCCUCCUCAUGAAGACGCUCAUCUUGGGAGCGCAGGGCGUCUUCUUCAACGCCAUGUUUCUCAGCUACCUGAUCUCCCCCAAAAUCACCCACCGGUUUGUCGGUUACCUCGAGGAGGAGGCCGUACAUACCUACACGCGGUGCAUCAGGGAGAUUGAGGAAGGUCACUUGCCAAAGUGGAGCGACGAAAAGUUUGAGAUCCCGGAGAUGGCGGUGAGGUAUUGGCGCAUGCCGGAGGGGAAGCGGACGAUGAAGGACUUGAUCCAUUAUAUCCGCGCGGACGAGGCAGUGCACAGGGGCGUUAAUCAUACAUUGAGCAAUUUGGACCAGAAGGAGGAUCCGAAUCCGUUUGUGAGCGACUAUAAGGAGGGCGAGGGCGGGAGGAGACCGGUCAAUCCGGCUUUGAAGCCGACGGGAUUUGAAAGGGCGGAGGUCAUCGGUUGAUCUUGGGCGGAAGGUCUUGACAGAUGGUUGUGGUUUGGGUUCAUGAAGCCAGGCGUUUUUGGACCAAGUUGUUGUAUUAUGCGUGUUACACUAGAUACCCCCCACUCUCUUUGCUGUUUCUGGCGUUUUGGUAAAAAAGAUACUGGGUUCUUCUCUCUGUGCAGCAGUUCACUGUUUCAAGGUGUGUACUUGUUUCGGAUCUUCACUCCGAAGGUCGUUGAUCUCUCAUGAUCAACUAUAUCUAGC